AUGGAAUCGGAAGGGCACAAGAGCACGGUGAACCCGUCCGCAAUGUUAGCUUCUCUGCUUAGUAGGAGAGCCAAGCUUCACGAGGAGCUUCGUAACAUUGAGAAGCAGGUUUAUGAUAUGGAGACAAGCUACUUACAGGAUCCUGGACAGUGUGGGAAUGUAUUAAAAGGAUUUGAAGGUUUCUUAUCUUCAUCGAAGAACACUGCACUCUUGAAGAGGUCAAGAAAGUUUCAACCUGAAGAUAGACUCUUUUCAUUAUCUUCAGUGACCUCACCAGCGGCAGAAGAGCUUGCAGCUGGGCGAGAUGAUGGUAGAUCAGACUAUGGUCCUGGUCGUUCAAAAGGUGGAGGAAUUUAUGCUAAUGGACAGGGUAAACCAAAGAAAGGUAGAGGUGGGGCGAGAGAUGCAAAGAGAGCAAGGAUUUCAAGUGAACAAGAUUUUGAUUAUGAAGAUGAUCCUGACCUGACCCUGUGA